AUGAAUCAUCCUUAUUGUUCAUUAGGCCUUAGAAGAGGCAAAAGGUUGUUUCAUUUUAUGAGACAAAGAAUCAAUCAGCAAAGGCUUUAUUCAACAAAAGAAUUAAAAUUUGGACAAGAUGUACGAUCUUCACUUUUGAACGGUGUUGAAGUAUUAGCAAAAGCUGUUUCUGUUACAUUGGGACCGAAAGGACGGAAUGUUCUUAUUGAACAAAGUUUUGGAAGUCCUAAAAUUACAAAAGAUGGUGUAACUGUUGCAAAAAGUAUUAUUUUAAAAGAUAAAUUUGAAAAUUUGGGUGCUCGUCUUGUUCAAGAUGUAGCAAAUAAGACAAAUGAAACUGCAGGAGAUGGAACAACAACUGCAACAGUUUUAGCUCGUGCAAUUUUUUCAGAAUCUGUUAAGAAUGUUGCAGCGGGGUGUAACCCAAUGGAUCUUCGCCGUGGUGCACAAAAAGCGGUUGAUGAAGUUGUAAAAUUUUUACAGAAAAAUAAACGAGAUAUUACAACCUCUGAAGAAAUUGCUCAAGUGGCAACAAUCUCUGCAAAUGGUGAUAAGCAUAUUGGCCGUCUGAUUGCUAAUGCAAUGGAAAAAGUUGGUAAAGAAGGUGUAAUUACGGUAAAAGAAGGAAAAACAAUUGAUGAUGAGCUUGAGAUUACAGAAGGAAUGCGUUUUGAUAGGGGGUAUAUUUCACCAUAUUUUAUUACGGAUAUUAAGACUCAAAAAUGUGAAUUCGAGAAACCAUUGAUUCUUCUUUCUGAAAAGAAAAUAUCUGCAUUGCAGGACAUUCUUCCAUCUCUUGAAAUAGCAGUGAAUCAAAGGCGACCACUAGUUAUUAUAGCUGAAGAUGUUGAUGGUGAAGCUUUAGCAGCAUGCAUUUUAAACAAACUCCGUGGUCAACUUCAAAUAGCAGCUGUCAAAGCACCCGGUUUUGGCGAUAAUAGAAAAUCGAUUUUAGGGGAUAUUGGUAUUCUUACAGGAGGCCAAGUGUUUACUGAUGAAUUGGAUAUGAAGUUGGAACGAGUUACACCUGAAUUAUUAGGUUCUACUGGAAGCGUUACAAUUACUAAAGAAGAUAUUAUUUUAUUGAAUGGUGAUGGUGAAAAAGAUUUAAUUUCUCAAAGAUGUGAACAAAUCAGACUUGCUAUUAAUGACCCUACUACUUCUGAAUAUGAAAAGGAAAAGCUUCAAGAACGUCUUGCUAAGCUUAGUGGAGGUGUUGCGGUUAUUCGUGUUGGUGGUUCUAGUGAAAUUGAAGUUGGUGAAAAAAAAGAUCGAUUUGUUGAUGCAUUAAACGCAACCCGUGCUGCUGUUGAAGAAGGUAUUUUACCUGGCGGUGGCACUGCUAUUCUUAAGGCUGUUUCUAUUUUGGAUGCUAUUGCUGAAAAAAUGGAUACAUUUGAUGAGAAACUAGGUGUAAAAACAAUUCAAAAUGCUAUCCAGCAGCCAACACGGCUUAUCGUGCAAAAUACGGGAAUUGCUGAUGGUUCUGUUAUUAUUGACCGACUUACUAAAGAAUAUGGUGACCAAUUUUUAAUGGGUUAUGAUGCUGUUACUGGUAAAAUCUGCAAUAUGGUUUCGGCUGGUGUGGUCGAUCCUUUGAAAGUCGUAAAGACCGCUUUGGUUGAUGCAUUUAGUGUUGCUAGUCUUAUGGCUACAUCAGAAUGUGCAAUUGUAGAUGCACCUGAACCCCCUAGCACCUCUGGAGGACCAGGUGGUAUGGGAGGUAUGGGCGGUAUGGGAGGCAUGGGAGGCAUGGGAGGCAUGGGCGGUUUCUAA